AUGGCACGAAUUGAGCAGGAGGACUUCUCAAGCGUGUCCUGGAAUAGUGAGCGCGCGGCUGAAAGACCACCGUCUCAAUCGCAGGCUCCUCCUGCGGGUGAUGCGCCUGACAGCAAUGGCUACCAAGGACAAGAGGCCAACCACCUUGACGCUGGAUUGGGCGAGGAGGUGCUCGAAUGCACUGUCUCGCAGCCGUUGAAAGAAAAUGAAGGGUCUAAGGACGUCUUCGUAUCGUAUCUCAUAUCUACUUAUUCCACCUUCCCAGCCUUCCAAAAGUCGACGAGCAAUGUUCGUCGCAGGUUCACAGAUUUCGUCUUCCUGUUUAAGCAACUGAGCAAAGACUACCCUACCGCAGCCGUCCCUCCACUACCCGACAAGCAGCGCAUGGAAUAUGUCCGAGGGGACCGCUUCGGGCCCGACUUUACCAACCGCCGAGCGCACUCUCUACAGCGAUUCCUCGCCCGACUAUCUCUGCACCCUGUACUUCGCCGAGCUGAUAUACUGCACAUAUUUCUGGAGAGCCAAGAAUGGAACGCAACCAUGCGCUCUCGAGGCUCACGGGGUUCUCAGAGUAGCGAUGGCGCCAACAACGGCGUGUUUGACAACCUGACUGAGUCGUUCAUGACAGCAUUCUCCAAGGUCCACAAGCCCGACAAGCGCUUCAUCGAGGUUCGAGAGCGGAGCGACAAACUCGACGAAGAUCUGGUGCAGAUUGAGAAGAUUGUGGCCCGAGUCGCCCGUAGGGAGAACGAUAUCGAGACCGAUCAGCGAGACCUGGCUGAGCAGUUCCAAAAACUCAUCCUUCUUGAACCUGGUGUCGAGACGGCAGUACAUCAUUUUGCAGCGUCUAUCGAAGAUACUGCCCACGGCACACGGGAUCUCAGGGACAUCACAGACCAGGACUACCUCGGUAGUCUGAGAGAUAUGCAAGCGUAUAGCAUGGCGCUGAAGAGCCUUCUUAAGGCGCGCGAACAGAAGCAGGUCGACUUCGAAUCACUCGUCGAGUACCUUAACAAGGCCACCGCGGAACGAGACGGUGCCUUGUCAGGUCACGGGGGCUCUGGACUGUCUGGUGCAAGCGGAUUCAUCACGCGCAAGUUCGAAGAUGUCCGUGGUGUCGACCACGAACAGGCGCGUCGCGAGCGACGGGUCAAGCUUGAGCGCAAGAUCGACGACCUCACCGGUGCCAUCGAGCUGGCCAAGAGAACGAGCGAGGGUUUCGACAAUGAGGUUGUCAAAGAGAUCAACGACUUCGAGCGCAUCAAGCGGGCUGAGUUCAAGUUGCAAUUGGGAGGCCUCGCGGACGCACAUAUUGACUACUAUGGCAAGGUGACUAGUAUUUGGGAGCAGUAUGUGCGGGACAUGGAGAAGCAAGGCGUCACACAGCCCACCGAUGGACCGGAACCACCAGGCAGGCAACUGUUGUAA